GCAGCAGCAGAAACAGCAGCACCGGCAGAGCUCUCUCAUCUACGCCACCACCGGGGCGGGUGGGUCAUCCCAUCAUCUCGGCAAGACACCCGCCUGCCAAGGCACGCCGAUUAUAUUUUAAUUUUAUUUAAACCAAGAGAACACUGAAAUAAAACACCUAAAAUGCCGGAAGAGGACAAAGAAGCAAAUGCCGACAACAGACAAGAAGGGGCGCCGCCCGGCGGCUUGCACCUCGUCGUCAUCGGUGCCGGCCUCGCCGGGCUGGCGGUCGCGCUGUCGACCAAGCUCGCCAACGCGGCGCACCGCGUGACGGUACUGGAGACGGUCAAGGAGCUGCAGGAGGUCGGGGCCGGCCUGCAGGUGACGCCCAACGGGACCUGCCUGCUCGCGCAAUGGGGCCUGCUAGCCGAGCUGGCGCCGCACGCGGCAGUGCCGAAAACGCUGUCGGUGCACCGGUACGACGGCAGCAAACUGCUGGCGCACGAGCCGGCGCUGCAGGCGCAGGUGGUGGCACGGUACGGGUAUCCCUUCUGGGACCUGCACCGCGUGGACCUGCAGCGGGCGCUAGUGGGCAAGUGCCGGGCGCUGGGGGUGGACAUCCGGCUCGGGGCGAGGGCCGAGAGCGUCGAUUUCGCCGCGGCGACGGUGCGGCUGGCUGGCGAUAGGCCGCAGCAGGUGGUGGCAGGCGACGUCGUGGUGCUGGCCGACGGGCUGUGGUCGGCGAUCCGGCCGCAGUUUCUCGGGCGGCCGAGCCCGGCCAUCCUGACGGGCGACCUGGCGUACCGCAUCACGCUGUGCGCCGACGAGCUGUCGGGGCCCGACCGCGCCGAGCUGGCCGCCGUGGUGCGCGACCCGGCGGUGCGGUUCUGGGUCGGCCCGCACAGCCACGCCGUGGGGUAUUCCGUCUCGGGCGGCACCGUGUACAACCUCGUGUUCCUAUGCCCCGACGAUCUGCCCGCAGCCGUCGUCAAGUCGGCGGGUGACCUGGGCGAGAUGCGCGCCCUGUUCGCCGGCUGGGACCCGCUGCUGACCAAGUUCCUGGGCCAGGUCAAGGCCGUGCACAAGUGGAAGCUCAUGUGGCUCGACGCGCUGCCGCAGUGGGCGAACCCCGAGGGGACCUUCUUCAUGGCCGGCGACUGCUGCCACCCGAUGCUGCCGUACCUGGCGCAGGGCGCCAACUCGAGCCUCGAGGACGGCGCCGUGCUGGGCCACCUGCUCGGCCGCGUCGGCUCGGACGCGCGCAAGGACAGGGCUGGCCAGCUGGCCCGCGUGUCGGAGCUGUACCAGCGCCUGCGCAUGGACCGCGGGCGCCGCAUCCAGCUUGAGACGUUCCGCCAGCGCGACGACUCGCACCUGCCCGACGGCGAGGCCCAGGAGAAGCGCGACGCGCUCAUGCUGAGCAUGCUCGGCGAAGACAGGGAGCUCAAGGCCCCCUUCCCGUCGCGCUGGACCUGUCCUGAGAUCCAGCCGUUCUUAUAUGGCUACGACGCCUAUGCCGAGGCCGAGAAGGCGUUUCAGGAGAGCCCAUUCUGAGGGCGGUGGAGGGUUUGGAAGUUGGAUCGGGAGGGUGGGCGAGUUAGUAUAAAUAGCAAAUAUAGCAAGCGCUUCCCAAUAUAAACGAAUAAUGAUAGCCCUUUGCCC